UGUGGUGCAGAGAAGCUUCAGAUUCAACAAUGGUGGUAACCAUUGCAACUAUAUCUCUUCCACCAUUCCCAGCACCUGAAAGUUUCAAAUAUCAUGCCAUCAAAUCCCCAAAUCGAUCUUCCCUUUCGAUUCUUUCACCACCCACAACCAAUUUCAUCCGCCACCGUAUAAUUCUUCCACGCACCACCGGAAACCGCCCAGUUUCCGCCACCCCAAAUGGGAUUUUUCUGCUUUCAGAAGCAAGCCCGGCUGAGAAUUCCGAUAAGAUUGUGGCCGCCGUCGCCGCCGAUAACGGUGAUGGAGUCUCCGUCGUCAUUUCAGUUCUUCUUUUCAUUGCUUUUGUUGGCUUAUCGGUUCUCACAAUUGGGGUUGUCUACAUAGCUGUAACAGAUUAUUUGCAGAAAAGGGAGAAAGAUAAGUUUGAGAAAGAAGAAGCAGAGAAAGCAAAGAGAGGUGGGAAGAAGAAGAGGGUCAGAUCACGAGCCGGGCCGAAAGGAUUCGGACAGAAGAUCAACGACGAUAAUUAUGAUGAUUUGUAGAUUGUAGAAAAUUUUCGACAUAAAACAAAUUAUAAUUCUUGUUCAUCCUAAGCUGCGGAUUCGAGUCUUAGAACACAAAUGUAUUCUGUUAAAUCACAUCAACCCGUAGGAUUUGGGUUCUUUUUGCAA